GCCGACUUGGCUACUUAUACCAUCUUACUUCGCUUAGAUGAUGCAUUUUACCGCAGAGCUCUUGUAGCAAACUGCCAUGGUGCUGGCGAGUGCGAUCUAUGUGCUGCUGUAUGCCUUGAGAGCCAGAGCCGCCUGCGAGGACUGGAGCUGCUCUGUCAGCCGGGGACUGCUGCAGGUUAAGUCUGAACUUGAAUCCCAGACGCAUUCAGCAACUGAUGAAACAACAAAAAGGAUGCCCGUGAACAUUACUGUAGUGGACAGUUCAACGAAUAGCACACCAGCACCUUCAACAAAUCAUUCAUGUGCGAAUGGCAGCCAUUUGGUGGGCAGUUCCUGUGUGGACAACCAGUGUUUAUGCACGAAUGGCGUGGGAGCUGCCGGAACAACGUGCCCUCAGCAGGGUGGUAUGAAGUGCGAGAUUUGUUUUGAAGGCUUCCACUUGGACGGCAGCGAGUGUGUUCAAGACGUGUGUGGGAAGGGCCUCCACAUGGUCAACGGCACCUGCUUUCAGAAUCUUUGUUUUUGCCCUCACGGUACCGAAGCUACUGGACAGAAGUGCUUAAUGGAUGGCAGCACCAUUUGCGAGAGUUGUUUCUCUGGCUAUGACAUGCAAAACCAGACCUGUAUAGAGCGGCAAUGCACGUGCGCUCAUGGUGAAGCACAAGUUGGAAGCAACUGUGCCAAAGGAGGACAAGAAAACUGCACUGUUUGUUUUGAAGGCUUUCAUAUGCGACACGACGAUGUUUGUGUGGAGAAAGUUUGCCACUGUCAACAUGGUGUGGCCUCAAGGGGCAGCAGUUGCCCUGCUCUCCAUGGACCUGGGUGCGACUCUUGUGACCCGGGUUACUAUCUACAGGGUGAUAGUUGCCUUCCCAAUCAAUGCAUUUGCCCAAAUGGCAAUGCAUCCAAUGGAACAGGCUGCAGUCAUGACGGCACAGUGUCGUGCGCUUCUUGCGAUGCCGGAUUCGUCCUGUCUGACGGGUUGUGCUUCGAAAGACAAUGCAGCUGCGCCAAUGGCCUCCCACAAGUGGGUACAAGAUGUCCUCAUCGUGGGCAUGAGAAUUGCUCCAUUUGUUUUGAAGGUCAUCACCUGAUCAACGACACGUGCCUGGAAAAGAUUUGCUCCUGUGACAACGGCAUUGCCGGCCGAGGGUCCCAUUGUCCUGAGACUGGAAGCGAUUUUUGUGUGAACUGCUCCAUGGGUUUCCACCUGCGGGGUGGCCUCUGCUUGGAAAACAAGUGUUUAUGCGCCCAUGGAAAAGGUGCCAAAGGUCAAAGUUGUCCUUAUCCUGGAGCCGAACGAUGCGAAUCCUGCAGUUCUGGCUUUGAAUUAGCUUAUGGAACUUGCAACUACAAACAAUGCAGCUGUGACAAUGGCAUUGGAACACUUGGUCCAAACUGCUCCAAAGAUGGCAUGCCAAAUUGUUCUAGAUGUUUUGAGGGAUAUCACCUGAGAAAUCAGAAGUGCGAGAUGAAGAAUUGUACUUGUGGCAAUGGCACUGCAGCUACUGGGCCAGAUUGCCCGGCACCUUCGCUGGAGCAGUGCUCAAGCUGCGAUCCCGGUUUUGAAUUGCAGAAUGGCCAAUGCCGUGUCAAGAAAUGUCAGUGCGAUCAUGGCCAUGCAGCAGAAGGCAUUCGUUGCGGAAACCACAGCUGGUAUUGUGAAUCCUGUUGGAACGGGUAUCACUUAUUCAAUGGGACCUGCAACGAGAAUCAGUGCAAUUGUCAAAAUGGCGAGGGAACUUUCGGGAAAAGCUGCUCCAGCGACGGCGCACAGAAUUGCUCUCGCUGUUUUGAUGGGUACUAUCACCGAAAUGCCAGCUGCAUUGCCAAGAAAUGCACCUGCACAAACGGGACUGCUGCUGUCCGGGAAGCCUGCCCAUUGGAUGGAAUGGCCUUCUGCAGCUCUUGCCAAGAUGGGUUUCGUCUUCAAAACAACACCGGGACAUGUGAAUUUCUUGUCAACGAAGAGAGCAUCAGCUGAAGGUUUGCAAAGCACUGGGCCGAAAUUAGGAUGGGCCAGCUGCCGGACCAAACGGCACAUCCAAGCUCAGUCUGUGCAAACGCGCCAAAACAGGCAUGAAAAGAACUUCGCAAAAUACCUUCAUGGAUUGAAACUGUGCCGGAUAUGGACAAGAGUAAUUAUCAUAGCUUUGUCCAGCUUGGGAGCAAAUGCAAUCAAGCACACCUUGAUUCAGACGCAAUUUUU